CCGCACGGCCGUGAAGAAGAUCGGGAAUCAUGUUUUGAAGUGAGCAGUUGCUACUGUUUACUUCUCAAAAACACAUUAUUUUCAAUAUAUAUUACCCCAGCAGUCUUAUACGGAAAUGUCUCUCUGCUGGCUAGUGCGUCAAGAUGAUUCUCAUAAACCCAUUCAGCUUUAUCACCAUCAACCUGUGAUUCUGGGUCGAGGACCGGAAACUAAGAUUAAAGACAAAAAGUGCUCCAGAGAGCAAGUUGAAUUGAUGGCUGACUGCAACAGAGGAUUUGUCAGUGUUAAACAGUUAGGUGUGAAUCCUACAAAUGUGGACUGUGUGGUUGUGGGCAAAGGCAAUCAGGUAACGAUAAAGCCCGGCCAAAGACUUCACAUGGUCAAUCAGCUAUAUCCAUACACAGUGAAGUUCACUGAAGAGACAUCCACACCCAGAUCUUUUGCAGCGGGGAUCAAACCCACCAAAAGACCCCAUCAGAAGAGCGAGAACCCUGCAAACAUAUCAACAUCGUCCCAUACAGACCAUCACGCAAUGUAUAGUGGUUCACCUCCACAAAAAAAGACAACACCACCAGGCUCUGAUAAAUCAGAAUCUGCAGGUCAUUGGAGUCAAGGCCUUAAAGUAUCAAUGCAGGACCCAAAGAUGCAAGUGUAUAAAGACGACAGGGUGGUGGUCAUCAAAGACAAGUACCCGAAGGCGCGGUACCAUUGGCUGGUGUUGCCGUGGGACUCCAUCUCCAGUCUGAAGGUUCUGAGAUCAGAACACUGCGACCUGCUACAACACAUGCAGCACGUUGGGGACAGGAUGGUGCAGCAGUGUCCGGACGCUCAAAAACUUCGCUUCCGUCUGGGUUAUCACGCCAUUCCCAGCAUGAGUCACGUUCACAUGCAUGUAAUCAGCCAGGACUUUGACUCGCCUUGUUUAAAGAACAAGAAACAUUGGAAUUCCUUCACUACUGAAUAUUUUAUUGAGUCUCAAGAUGUCAUUGCAAUGCUGGAAGCAGAUGGAAAGGUCACGGUUAAGGAAAGCACAAAUGAACUAUUGAAGCGUCCUCUGCGCUGUCACGUUUGCCAUAAAGAGCAAUCAACAAUCCCAAAACUGAAAGAUCAUCUCUCAACUCACCUGUCUUGACUAGUUAACAUUUUGUUUGUAUAAUCUGUUGCGAAUUAAAUAACUUGUUUGUUCUGGUUAUACUGUGUUUUGAUCUGGGACUUGCAUAUUAAUCCUUAUCAUAGAGGAUUUGUACC